CUCUGUUGCUACAGCCCCGCCUCCGAGCUUUGUCAUGGCGGCGUCCAGUGCCUUAUCUGCCGUAAAGGAACGGGAUGCUGGGUUUUUUGUCCGCGCGGCAAGCAGGAUUGGACGACCCUCUUCGCCUACGAAGAGCGGAGUCCACACGAAGGGUUUUAGGACUAGAAUUAAACAAAGACAGAGAUGUUGAAAGGAUCCAUGGCAAUGGAGUUAACACCCUUGACAUUGAACCUGUUCAAGGGAGAUACAUGUUAUCAGGUGGUUCAGAUGGUGUGAUUGUACUUUAUGAUCUUGAGAACUCCAGCAGACAACCUUAUUACACAUGUAAAGCAGUGUGUUCUGUUGACAGAAACCAUCCUGAUGUUCACAAAUAUAGUGUGGAGACUGUACAGUGGUAUCCUUAUGACACUGGCAUGUUCACAUCAAGCUCAUUUGAUAAAACGCUGAAAGUAUGGGAUACAAAUACAUUACAAACUGCAGAUGUAUUUAAUUUCGAAGAAACCGUUUAUAGUCAUCAUAUGUCUCCAGUCGCCACUAAGCACUGUUUGGUAGCAGUUGGUACUAGAGGGCCCAAAGUACAACUUUGUGACUUAAAGUCUGGAUCCUGUUCCCACAUUCUACAGGGUCACAGACAAGAAAUUUUGGCAGUUUCUUGGUCACCACGUCAUGAAUAUAUCUUGGCAACUGCAAGUGCUGACAGUAGAGUAAAAUUAUGGGAUGUAAGGAGAGCGUCAGGAUGUUUGAUUACUCUUGAUCAGCAUAAUGGGGAAAAGUCACAAGCUGUUGAAUCAGCAAAUACUGCUCAUAAUGGGAAAGUUAAUGGCUUAUGUUUUACAAAUGAUGGACUUCACCUACUCACUGUUGGUACAGAUAAUCGAAUGAGACUCUGGAAUAGUUCCAAUGGAGAAAACACACUGGUGAAUUAUGGAAAAGUUUGUAAUGACAGUAGAAAAGGAUUGAAAUUCACUGUCUCCUGUGGCUGCAGUUCAGAAUUUGUUUUUGUACCAUAUGGUAGCACCAUUGCUGUUUAUACAAUUUACUCAGGAGAACAGAUAACUAUGCUUAAGGGACAUUUUAAAAGUGUUGACUGCUGUGUAUUUCAGUCUGAUUUCCAGGAACUUUAUAGUGGUAGCAGAGAUUGCAAUAUUCUUGCUUGGGUACCAUCCUUAUAUGAACCAGUUCCUGAUGAUGAUGAGAUUACAACCAAAUCACAGUUAAAUCCAGCAUUUGAAGAUGCCUGGAGCAGCAGUGAUGAGGAAGGAUGAAUGUCAAUCCUAAGUACCUUUAUGUCUGUUGAUGGAACUUUUGAAAUGGGACUGUUUUGUUUUUGUUUGUUUAACUGUCCAGUGACACCUAAAUUAGCCCUGAAUUUGGGUGAUUUUUUCCCCUGAUGUUUUAAAAUGAGGUUUCAUGUGUCAGAUGGCACCUUGUAUUUGCAUGAAAUCCUGAAAUACCUUUUCUGUGGUAUAUUUAAUCAAAACAUGUCUUCGUGAUCCCAGUUGGUAUGGCCUGGGGUAGCCCCUCUUGCUGCAGUACAAAGAGACGAGUCAUGGCGCUGCCAAGUGGGACCGUGAGCCCACUGUGUGAACUUUAAGAUGCAGUCUCCGAAGAUGAGCACGUGAAGGUUAUCAGCACAGAGUCUCUCCUACUGGCUAUAUUACCUUGUUCAUUUUUACUUUAAAGGAGAAUUUUACUGAGGAUGAUUAUAUCAAAAAUAAUUGUUGAAAAGUCAUUUUUUUUAUUCAUGCAUUCAAUUUUUGCAGCGAUUUCAUUUAGUCGACCAUUGUCUAGUUUUAUGUUAAAUGUUUUUUGAACUCAGUUCCUUCCACUGUCCAAAAAGUGUAUCACAGGUGUUUUUUAACUUGAGGAAAAUCCCACGUUUCCUUUAUUUUCAUGUGUCAGAUGGCAGCUUGUACUCAUGCUUCAACUCCCAUUCUCUGAAUGUUAAGAUGUGACCAAGUCCUGCUUCAUUCAUUGAGGCAGAAAAUGUCCAGACAGGGGAAUCUGGCUUAAACAUGAAAUGUUGUCAUAAAAUUUCUGUUUAUUGUCUACUCUUCUUGUGUUAUAACCCACAAGUGAUUAUCAUGAAACUAAUCUCAUAUUCCCUUUCUUCCUGAUUCUUAUCAAAAGGAGACCAAUAAAGGAGGUUUUUGUGAGUUUUUAA